AUGAGCAAUCUAGGUGACUUGUCGCCGGAGGGAAGUGUUGCGGUUGGUGUAAUCGUUGGUGUCAUCUCAACUAGCCUCCAGGCUAUCGGACUUACGCUCCAGCGCAAAUCGCAUCUGCUCGAGGACGAGAAACACCCCUACGAUGUGCGCAGACCCCCCUACAAGCGCCGACGAUGGCAGUUAGGGAUGGGAAUGUUUGUGGUUUCCAAUAUUGUUGGAAGUACCAUCCAAAUCACCACCCUUCCGCUACCAGUUCUCUCGGCCCUCCAAGCGUCUGGACUAGUGUUCAAUACUGUAUUCGCGACACUCAUACUCGGUGAACCCUUUACCCGAUAUUCUCUCGCAGGCACCAUUCUCGUCUGCAUCGGCGCGUUGUUGAUUGCGACCUUCGGCGCCAUCGGGGAACCCGCGCAUACCUUGGAUCAGCUCCUUGAUCUCCUCCAGCGACGGCCAUUCCUUCUGUGGAUGGGCGCCACUAACUUUCUGGUUGUUGUGGUACUUCUAGGUACCAAGAUGCUGGAACGCUUCGUGCCGUCAUCACGCGCGAAACCCUCGGCCUCAGGUCAUUUUUCACCACAUCUGCUGCGACUGCAAAGUCGCAUGAGGUUGAUCCGCGGCAUGAGUUAUGGAUUUAUAAGUGGUAUACUGUCAGCUCACUCCCUUUUGCUGGCAAAAUCGGCAGUGGAGCUUCUCGUGCGCACAGUAGUGGACCGCGUGAAUCAGUUCAAUCGUUGGCAAUCAUGGGCUAUCCUACUAGGGAUGAUCUCCCUGGCGCUCACACAGCUGUUCUAUCUCCAUCGUGGGCUGAAGCUGUGCAGUACUAGUGUACUAUAUCCUUUUGUGUUUUGCAUCUACAACAUCAUUGCCAUCAUGGAUGGCCUGAUCUACUUCCGGCAAGUGUCUCAACUAGCGGGCAUCCACGCCGGUCUCAUCGCUCUAGGUACGAUGGUCCUUCUGGGUGGUGUGUUGUGCCUAUCGUGGCGUCUUGAGGAUAUCGAUGCUCAUGCCGCUGUCACCACUGUGGGUUCCACGCAGACCGGACUUGGGCCGGGCAUGGCAAUCGUGGAAGAGCACUCUGCGACAUCACCUGGGUUGCUGGAUGGCCAAGAUGAGGAAUCACAGAUCGGAGAAAGCGAGCCACUUCUCAACUCAAAGGCCCACACUCGACAUCUUUCAUUUCAGCGAGGAAGAACUCCGAGCUUACCACUUGAUCUACAUUUUGAUCGUGGCUCUGUCGAUCUUAAUCCCGCGUCUAUUUGGGCUGAACUAGAUGAUUCGGAGUAUGAAUCCACUGAUUGCCACGGACGACCGUCGACAGACGGCCUACGCAGCGUCAGAGGCAACGCAACUCUAAAUGGCUCAUUGCGGGGUCUAACGCGACACUCGACGAUCGGCGCUACCACGCACGGUCGUGAAUGGGGAUCUCGCCGAACCCAGGGAUCGCUGCGUAGGAACUCAUGGCGUUGCACCUCAGCACCUCACAGUGGGUUAUCGGCCGCGCAUCGCAAACGUCGGGGGACCGGGAGUCUGUUAACAACGUCCAAUCAAGAGGUCGGUGGGUACGGAACCAUUCAAGAGGAUGGCGACGAUACCCACUGGCAUGAUAACGUCCCUAACCGUCGUUCGUCCGGAGCCAGGUCUGGUCUUCUUUUUGGCUCAAGGAAGGCUCUGGCAGGUGCCUGGAGGUUUGGCAGAAAACUUCUGUUUCGAUGGAGCAACCCGCAGGCAGGCAGUCAGGCUGAGAUUGACCCAGAAGAUGGCUCUUCCUCGUCCCUACUGCCGCACUCAGUCGUUCCUCUUCCCCGAACACGUCAUACACAGGGAAUCCCAGUCACUGAAUAUGACCCCCUGAAGCCAUCGUCAUCCCCCUGA